AAAUGUUGUAUGGGCCCCCGACCCGCUGAUUCGUGCCCCAUUUACAUCCACAACUGAACGAAGUCGAACUUGUACCAAGACGAAGAAGGCGGCAACGAAGCAACCUCUUCCUUCCUCCAAACCAAUUCGUUCUUUUUACUUUGUGGGUCGCUUAGUCUUCUUGCGUUUUUCUCUGCUUUUGAUCUAGAUUCAGCUCAUCCCUUCUUCAAUCAACCAACAAUGAGCUCCGACGAACCCAAUUUGGACGAGUUCUUCGUUGAGAAAAAGCGCGCUAGGAACCCUCUUGUCCCCAUCGGUGCACUUGCCACUGCUGGGGUUCUCACUGCUGGAUUAAUAAGCUUUAGACGAGGCAACUCUCAAUUGGGGCAGAUGUUAAUGAGAGCUCGUGUAGUUGUCCAAGGUGCUACAGUAGCACUGAUGGUUGGCACGGCUUAUUACUAUGGAGAGAAUCCUUGGCGGUCGAGUUAAAACGUCCAUGUACUGCUCUUUAUGACUUUCUUUUCACCAUCUUGUUUUACAUUGCGACAUUUCAGUAAACAAUGAAAGAUUUGUUGUCUUGCUAUCUUUCUUUAGGUAUAAGCCAUAACAAUCUUAUUCUGUGAUUCGGUAACGAUAUUUAUAUAUACUCGAAAUAAUUCUUCAGGGGAAGGAAGUGUAAUAUGUAUUCAUUCUUGGGCUUAGGUGUAUUGCCUUUAAAGAUAUUAAUCUUGGUGUAUUAUUGAUUUUUUUUUCCUUAUCUUUUAUUUGAAGUUCAACGCGUUAUGUUGGAGCAUUAACAAUA